GCGGUGCUCCACCCUGCUCCGCGUGGAGGACGCCGGCACCGCCUCCAGGCCGCGCAGUUCACCCAGCGGCGCUGUGCCAGAUGGCUGGCUGGUGAGCGCGAGGAACUUUGGGGAGACUUGCCCGGUCCUCGCCGUCGCCGGCCUCGGGACGAUGAUGAAGAGGCAGCGCAGGCUGCCAGGCAGGCCCGAUGCUGUGCCUUGGCCGCUGAAGGGGAACUCUCACGUGCCUGUGCUGCCCUGGUGUCUCCGCCACACGACUGAUGUUGUUUCCAAGCUGCAAGCCAAACACUCCCGGACCGCCCCUGCCCGCCCGGCUCUCGUCGCUCUAGGGCUGCCUGCCUUAGCUGCUGUGCCCGAGAUGGCGGUGGAGGACGUCAUCCAGGCCAUCCGCUCCUUCAGCCGUGGGAGUGCCGCGGGCCCCACUGGCCUCCGAGGUGACCACCUUCGCGAGGCCCUCGCUUCCCCUCAUGGAGACGAGAUGGCUGUCCAGCUUGCCGAUGUUGUGAAGCUGCUCAUCCGCGGAGAGGCGAUUGCGCCCCACCUUGCUGGAGCUUCCUUACACGCAUUGCCGAAAGGGGUUGACGAUGUGCGACCCAUCGCACUUGGGGAAGUUUUGCGGCGGCUGACUGCCAAGUGCCUUUGCUCCGACGUGCGCAACUCUGCCCGGGAUCUUCUAUGCCCUUUACAAGUUGGGGUGGCCACCCGCCAUGGCACUGAAGCAGUUGUCCACACUGCGCGACACUGGGCGCAGAGGCAUGCAGGGCAGGCUGAACAGGUUCUCCUCAAAAUUGAUUUCAGCAAUGCCUUCAACACAGUCGACCGGGCUUCUCUCCUCCGCGAGACUCGCCUCCGCCUGCCAAAUUGUCCCCUUGGGCUGAGUGGUGCUAUGGUCUCCACUCGCCCUCCGGAACUUCGACCCUUGCUGGUGGUGGCUUACCUGGAUGAUGUGUGUCGGAUUGCAAGUCAACCAGGGGCCGCAGCCACUGUGGACAUGAGCCUCUUCCCACCCGGCAUUCCCCUCAACCAAGCCGGGACCUUCAGCCUUUUGGGGGAGCCCAUUGGACACGGUAGUUUCUGCAACCAGUUCACGACCUCGGAGCGAGUUGCCAAAGCUUUGCCACUGUUAGACGCUUUGGCUGUCUUGCCGGAUGCCCAAGCUGCCCUCUUGCUCCUCCGCCACUGUGCCUCCCAUUGUCGGAUGGCUUACUCCAUCAGAGUCACCCCUCCUGAUGGGCUUGGCCCCUCCCUGGAAGCGUUUGACAAUGCUGUUAGAGGCUGCCUCGAAGUGGCUUGCAGCGGGCCCCUCACUGCGGAAGCGUGGCUCCAAGCAACACUCUCCACUCGGUGUGGUGGGCUCGGGCUCCGCAGCGUGGCCCGGCACAGUGUCGCCGGCUACGCUGCUUCUUUGUGGGCUACUGCGCCACUGUGCAAAGAUAUGGACGACCCUGACUUCAAUGCUGCUCUCAACCUGGUGAACCUGGCCCUUCCGCCGGCCGACCACCUCCCGGUCCCAGCCCCGCAACCUGUCAGACAACAAGAGUUGUCACGCGCACUGGACCGUGUCGUGGUCGCCAGGCUCGCGGCCCCUGCUCCUGGUCGGGAAACCUUUCGGGCGCAUCUUCAGCUCUUGCAGCAAGAAGGCGCGGGGGCGUGGCUCCAUGCGCUCCCAAGCGCCGCCUUGGGGCUUCACGUGGUGACCCCGCUCUUUCGGACCAUGGUUCGCUUGCGGCUCCGCUUGCCGGUGUCUGAUUCUGACACCCCUUGCCCCCUCUGCGAUGGCACGUGUGACAGAUUUGGUGACCAUGCGCGCGUUUGUCCCUGUGGCGGCGAUCGGGUCAAGCGGCACCAUCAGCUCAGAAACAUUUUGGCAGGGCGGGCAAAAACAGCAGGCCUUCAGCCCGAGGUUGAAAAGCCCAACCUCCUACCUCCACGCCCUGAACUUCAAGGUGGCCCAGAAGAUGGGGAGCAACCCUGUGGCGGUGGUCGCCGGCCAGCCGAUGUCUGGCUCCCCAACUGGCACCUACAUGGUCCUGCUGCGUUCGACAUUGCCGUCACUUCGGGCAUGAGACACAGUGUUCUGACUGCAUCCGUGACAGAUGGCAGCAGAGCAUCUACGGAUUAUGAAGCACGGAAAUGCCAGCAUCUAAGCACUUUGGAAGCCUGCACGAGUGAAGGGCUCCAGUUCGUCCCGCUCGUAGUUGAAGCGUGCGGUGGUGGCUGGGGGCCCAUCGCUUUAAAAACCUGGCGCUCCUGUGAGGCGAUUUCCGCCCGCACUGGUGAAGGCAGCUCUGUGGAAUCGCAGCGCCUCCUUCAAACUUUGGGCAUCGCGCUGCAGCGCGAAAACGCUAGAGCUGUCUUACGGCGCCUGGACUGA